UACUACUCUACUACUCUACUACUCUACUACUCUACUACUCUACUACUCCAAAACACUCAAUCGCCUUCCUCUUCAAUAUAAGUUGCACUCCAGUGCCUUGCCUAGCUGUUUUUUCCCGCAUCGACCCCACAGCUAUAAUCCCUGAGUUCGAGACGAGCCGGCAGGAUCGUGCACGCCACGCCCUGCUCUGUCUAUUAUCCGACCAUCCUACUUCGUCCUCGUACAUACCUGUACUCUCCUGCCCCUCGCCGCUCACUCCCAAGCAACUCUGGAAAGGACCAACAAGCAUCCUUCCUUCUUCCUGGGCAAAGAGAAACGGCCACCACCAAACGACCUUAUCAGCAACGCUCUCAAAGGACACGGGCAUCUCUUCUCCCCGGAACCCUACAUCGCCCUUGUGGGGAAUUCUUCUCGAAUCAACCUAAUCUCCUUCCAUCUUCAUUUAUUCCCCGUCGACAAGAAGGCUCGGACACUACCGCAACCUCCCCCAAGCCACCUUUCACCUCUCCCCUUCCCAUUCCUUCCUUCUUACCUGCAUUCCACCUGCAGUUUUCUAUGCACCUCGAGUAAGUAGCAAGGACAGGGCUCCCCCGACCCAUAACCUCGUGUCUGUAUUGGCGAAAAGGCCCCGCAAGGGACCCUCCAAAGGACCCUCUGAGGAUCCUCCCAAGACCAAGACGCUUAAUAUAAACCGUUUCUGAUCAGUCCACCGGAAACUACCAACCCGGCUGGACGAGGGGAACUGCUCCCACCUAAGGUCCUAUGGGUGCAUGUAUCGUUUCUUCACAGUCGCGACCUGACUCUUGGUACUGUACUUUCUGCUACAACGAGUCUACCAGGGAGACAAAGGCCCCUCCUCCCAAGUACCGGUGACCAUAAGACCCCCACCAGAAAUCGAGCAGAAGGGAAUACCCACAUCGGCCCUCUCUUGAGAGAGCAGACGCCCCCAAGACUCACCUAGUCCGUUAUCCUUGAUAGCCACUGGGCCUUCUCUAUCAUUUAUGAAGGACACACUCGCCAUCCCGCCACUCCAUUACAACAAAACGGCGUCGCUUCCCUACAAGAGCCUCCCCAAUCCUUGAUCUACGCCUCGCAUGUUGGAUCUCCACCGCUUGAUUAUUGACACUCCAGCUCCAGAAGGAUCAUAGCAUCCGUGCGGCGCUUGUGUAUGGGCCUGGAUAAGCUGGAUGACCUUAUGAGCAGCCCCGCGAACUCCAACCCAACCCAUUCUCAGUAAACUCACCACCAAAUGUCGCAGAUGUACGCGCAACCGCCCGCUAUCACUUCCAUAUUUGAGCGGUCUUUCGCCCAUGACCAGAUCAAGAUCAACUCUCUUAAGCUUGGAGAGUUGAACAGUGGUCGUAUGUAUCCCACCUCGUUACCUGAACAUCGCGGAGAUCGCAGUAGUUGGAAUGCACCACGCCCCGAGCCACUCUCAUUGUCAGAACAACACAAGCGCGGGCCAUACACCAUCCCGCCGCCAGACAGAUCUUUGGGCGAUGAGUCUGCACGCCCGGGAAUAAGUCCGAGGACUACUAAUGGAGAGCGACUACCGCCACUGAGCAGCUUAUUCAGUUCGACGCAGGCCCCGUUACCCGCCCGAUCCCCGUACUCUAACCCGAGCCCAACAUUCAAGCCAAGAUCUCCCGAAUCUACUGUGAGGAAGGCAAGCGCAAACCAUCUGGACCAAUUAUGGGACCCGUCAUAUUGUCGCCCUCGGUCUGAGCCUUCAGGCCAAUAUCCUUUCAACCAAUCUCUCCAUUCAGUCUCGUCGGACCGUCUACCACCUCCUCCGCGAUCUGUCCUUGACCACAGGAAGCCAGAGUCUCCAGGAUACGAUGCAGUAUGGGAAUAUAGGGAGGCACAGUAUGGUAGACCAUCAGCGUCGUCAGUACGGUUUUCACCAGGAUCAGAGGUGUCGUAUCGUGGCUAUUUCCCUCCAAUGCCCAAAGAUGCAACCUCUCCGUACGGCCACCCCAGGGACCUGAAAGCUUCUCCACAUAUCCAGCUGCACGAGCCGGAUAUGAGACAUUCAUACGCGAGAUCCCCUCAAUCACAUACCAUGAGGAAGCCAUACCACCAGACUCCCCCCAACGCGUUAUCAUCUGGCCCAACAUCUCCCAAAGACACGCUUGGACCUAAAAUUUGGACUGGCACUCAUUUCCUUCCUCGAUUUGUCCGUCAAGCUGAGGUCCCUGGCGAGGGAAUCUGCUACUUCUACGACGAUGGGACGCACUGCAAGACUGUCAUUGAUGGCGAGCCGGUCAACGCACAUUGGGGUGUAACGAAGGCGGGCAAGCCACGGAAGAGGCUUGCUAUUGCAUGCAUUACCUGCCGUGAGAAGAAGAUAAAAUGCGACCCUGACUAUCCGAGAUGUGUCCAAUGCGACAAAUUUGGACGGGUCUGCAAGUUCAAGAAUGCCCCAAGAGGCGGUCAAGGCUCACCCGAAACUCCUCCGGCGGAUCCAGAAGAUGCCCUGACUCGCUCGGUGUCCCAAUUAUCAGAGCUUGAUGGAAAUAAAGCUGAGAAGCGUGACCUUCAUUAUGCGCCGUACCAGCAAGGACAGCGAAGCCCGGGGUCGGAAAUCGAUGAGAACGCACCGAAACGGCACAGAAGCGCGUAUGAUGCGUAUAUGCCCGUGAAGGCCGAUAGACCAGAUGGGCAUUCCAACCAAGUACAUCAGCAACCCUCACCGAGCCUGAACUACCGGUCUUUGGAUUGGUGCACGAGGCAGGCGACUGAAAAUCCGUUCGAGACUAAUGAGGCACUGUCCUUCGAUCUUCUGGACAAUUUCUUCCUCAACACUUCAUGCACCACAUACCCCUUUUUGCCCGAGCCACACUUCCGAGCAUGGGUCGCCGAUCGCAGCAUACGGAAGAGCCCGCAGGAUAUCAUGUUGUUCUACGGCCUACUUGCGCUCGCGACGGUGUUUUCAACUUCAGAUGGCGCCAAACAGCGAGGAGAGGAGUUUGCGGCUGUCUGCAGAUGUGCUGCUGAGGGGAGCGAGUUUAGUCUGCAUCUCGUGCAGAGCAGGCUGCUCCUUUCGUUGUACUACGUGGCUAUCAACAAAUAUCGCGAGUCGUUGGAUUUCUGCGGCUCAGCCGUUCGUGCGGCAACUUGGUUGGGCUUGAACGUGGAGUUGGGCGAGUCUGAGAAGGGCUGGAAUACGACUAUCUUCAACCUCGACCGCGUUGCCUACGCAGAGUGCCGCCGCCGGACGUUCUGGUCGUGUUAUAUCUUGGAUCAUUUCAGUACAUUCUGCAACGGCCAUCUGAACACCAUCAACCCGAAGGACAUCUUUUUGCGCUAUCCAACUACGAAGAAGAAUUGCGAAAAUCUGACUGGCGCCAGCGCGCCGUUUUUCGAUCCGUCUGUGGUCCAGAGCAACCUCAAGGAUGUUGGUAUUACGGCCUACAUGAUCAACAUCUUAGCUAUAUGGGGAGAUAUACGCGAUUACAACUAUCGCGCUUCCAAGUCGCCCAAUGUUGCAGCGACAGAGCCAUUCUCAUCGUUCUACUCCACGACCAUCGCGCGGCUUGAGGGAUGGCGUGGCUCACUGUUGCCAUCAGCCGAGAACACCAUGGAGAACUUGGAUGCCGCGGUAAAAGAGGGCACGGUUGGAAGCUUUGUUAGCUUGCACUGUCUCUACCUCGUAUCAUAUACGAAUCUCCACCGCUAUGGUCGGUUCGAUUGCGGAACAACGCCUACCCUCAAAGCCAGCCUACGAACCACCUUCGAGCACGCAAACGCCAUACUCGACCUAGCGCAGAACAUGGCGAGCCGUAGCGUGCGUCUUCCGACCACUCCAGCCGCAUCGACGAAAUUCUCUAGCCCGUAUUUCGGUUUCAUCAUCGUCAACGCAAUCGAUAUUCUGUCUGCGAAAGGGAGAUUAGCUGACAUUACGACAUUCCACGCCCGCAUCAAUGGGCCGAGCAAGAUCGUCGAUGAGCUAGCCAACUUCUGGCACAGUGCGCGCCUGCAACAGGACCAGGUUAAGGCGCGGCUCGAAGCGUUUUUGUCGCUGCCGUUGCUCACUAAUGGCUGGAAUGCGGCGAACUCAGCGUCGGAUGCUUCUGUGAGGGGGGUGGGCGAGGCGGUUGUGGAUCCGGAGAAGGGGAUCUUUGAGAUGAGAAACUCGAUCAAUGCGCUGUCGGGGAGGGGGGCUAGGGAUAAUGUGUAUGCGGCUACGUUUGAGGCGUGGGAGGAUGCGAUGAAGCAGUGAGGGCGAGGUGGAUGAGAUGGAGAGUGAGAGACUGGGAGAUUGGGAUUGGAAGAUCCCCGGAUGGAUGGAUGGAUGGGCGGGCUGGGUUUUUUGGGUUUUAACUGGAGUUGGCUUUCAUUUGCAGGCGGCUAUCUAUAUAUAUGCAUCAUGUAACAAAGGUUUCUGGGAUUGGAAUUAUCAUCAUCGUCGUCUACGAGGAUAGACGGGGAAUUAGUCAGAGGGGCGAGGGGGAGACGCAAUGAGGGUUUUGCGAAAUGAAGGCAGAGGGGAGGGGCAAUACAUGAGAAGGGGGGGUGUUUGAGAGAGUGAUAGAGAUAUAUGAGCAGAGGAG